GGGCUCCGGCGGCCAGAGUGGGGGCCGAGGUGAAGCGGAGCCGGUCCGGGGCCGGCCGGGACCAGGCCGGAGGCUGCGCGGCGGCGACGGCAGUGGCCGGGAGGGGGGAGGCGAGGCGCAGCCCGAGGAGCCGCCGCAGCAGCUCCCCCGCCUCCCGGGCCGAGGGAAUGCCUAAUUUAAUAGGGAUAUAGACAUCUGGUUUCCUGACAGUGAGAAGCUAUGGAAGUCAAGAAAGCAGUGCUUAGAAAUAUUUUCACACAAAAAGAAUUUUAGGAAAGGAAGAUGGAUCAACCUAGUGGAAGGAGUUUUAUGCAAGUAUUAUGUGAAAAGUAUAGUCCUGAAAACUUUCCUUACCGCCGUGGUCCUGGGAUGGGAGUCCAUGUCCCAGCCACACCUCAGGGCUCUCCUAUGAAAGAUCGCCUCAACCUCCCAAGUGUACUGGUGUUGAACAGCUGUGGAAUAACCUGUGCAGGAGAUGAAAAAGAAAUUGCUGCUUUCUGUGCUCAUGUGUCGGAACUAGAUCUUUCUGACAACAAACUGGAAGACUGGCAUGAGGUCAGUAAAAUUGUGUCAAAUGUUCCCCAGUUGGAGUUUCUAAACCUGAGUUCCAAUCCUCUGAAUUUAUCGGUUUUAGAAAGAACGUGUGCUGGGUCCUUCUCUGGGGUUCGCAAACUUGUCCUCAACAACAGCAAAGCUUCUUGGGAGACAGUCCACACGAUACUGCAGGAGUUACCAGAUUUGGAGGAGCUCUUCCUGUGCCUUAAUGACUAUAAAACAGUGUCUUGUCCUUCUAUUUGCUGUCAUUCUCUUAAGCUACUACAUAUAACAGACAAUAACCUCCAAGACUGGACUGAAAUACGAAAAUUAGGAGUUAUGUUUCCUGCACUGGAUACCCUCGUCCUGGCCAACAAUCAUUUGAAUGCUAUUGAGGAGCCUGAUGAUUCAUUGGCCAGGUUGUUUCCUAAUCUGCGAUCCAUCAGCCUCCACAAGUCAGGUUUGCAGUCCUGGGAAGACAUUGACAAACUAAAUUCAUUCCCCAAACUGGAGGAAGUGAGAUUAUUAGGAAUACCUCUUCUGCAGCCAUAUACCACCGAGGAACGAAGGAAAUUGGUAGUAGCCAGAUUGCCAUCGGUUUCCAAACUUAAUGGCAGCGUUGUUACAGAUGGCGAGCGAGAAGAUUCUGAGAGAUUUUUUAUUCGUUACUAUGUGGAUGUUCCACAGGAAGAAGUGCCAUUCAGGUAUCAUGAACUGAUCACAAAAUAUGGGAAACUGGAGCCUUUGGCAGAAGUGGACCUAAGACCCCAGAGCAGUGCAAAAGUAGAAGUCCACUUUAACGAUCAGGUGGAAGAAAUGAGCAUUCGUCUGGACCAAACUGUUGCAGAACUAAAGAAACAAUUAAAAACUCUAGUGCAAUUACCCACAAGCAACAUGCUUCUCUACUAUUUUGACCACGAAGCGCCCUUUGGCCCAGAGGAAAUGAAGUACAGCUCUCGGGCGUUGCAUUCUUUUGGCAUUAGGGAUGGAGAUAAGAUUUAUGUGGAAUCCAAGACAAAAUAACCUCUACCAGCCUUGUAAAAACACACACAUAAAGACUUCUUGCAGGGCAUUUGUUUCCAAUGUGGUUUUCUUUAGGAGGGAGAAGGUUGUUUUUGUUUUGUUUUGUUUUAUUUAGGUUUCGGGAGGGAUUUGUAUAUUUUUCCCCCUAGAAUGGGUAGGGGGCUGUUUUUGGUAUUUUCUACCACAGAUUUCUUCGGCUCAGCCAGCAGAAUUGGCCACAUCUGCAGUCCGUGUGCCCUCCCUCAUGAAUGAUGACUAAGAAAUCACCGACUUCUUACUGUGUUCACCGGGAUUUGUCUACCACUUGGUUAUCAUUACCAUUUAGGGUACUUGUGAAGAUAGCACGAACAGCAUAUUCCCCUCAGAAGGGUAUCUUAGAGAGUUUAAAUCAGAAAACAAGGAACUUUACAGGAAGGGCCAGCACUUCUCUCUCCCAGUUCCUCCCUCUCCCUCCUUGCCUUUUUUGGUUCAGUUUUUCAGUUUGAUUUGUGUCAGCACAUGUUUACCUAAUUGUUUUAUUCUGUCCAUAAUUAACUUCUUAUUUCUCAA